AUUUCAUGGGCCACUAGGCCGCCUUUGAACACGAGCAACUUCUUGUCAGCACCACCCUGCAGCCUGUACGAGUUUUGUUCUAUUUUUCACUACCAGACCCUGAUACAGCGCAUAGCGUGUGUCGUAUACGAUCCAAGCGCUUUGCGCACCACUACUGCGAGGGACUGUGCGAAGGCGUUCUUCACUCCACCAGCCUAUCGCCACGUGACUUCUCCUUAUCGAGCCUCGUACUCUUUCCCCUGAUCCACGACAAGCGACCCCAGACAAACUCAAAAAAAAAAUGGCCGCCUUGGAUCCCAAAGUCGCCUCACUUGUCGACCGUGCAGCGCGCGAGGACGACUCGGAUGAGGAUGCGCUCAUAGCAUCUCUGGAGAACGACGAAGACCUAGAUGCUUUCCGUGAACAACGACUUCAACAAUUACAUCAAGAGUUUGACAAGGCACGGCGCUUGAAAGAGAGCGAGCAUGGAAGGUAUACAGAGAUCAAGGACGAAAAGGCCUUGAUGGACAUCACGACAAGCACGCAGUUGUGUGUCGUUCACUUUUUCAAGCCCGACUUCAACCGCUGCCGGAUUAUGGACACACAUCUCGAGUCACUCGCAGUAUCACAUUAUGAGGCCCGCUUCCUCAAGAUCAAUGUGGAAAAUUGCCCUUUUCUAGUCACACGCCUGGGAAUCCAAGUCCUGCCAUGCGUCAUUGCUUUUAUCGACGGUGUGGGAGCUGAUCGCAUCAUCGGAUUUGAGGGGCUCGGUCACACUGAGCAGAGCUUCACUACUCGCGACCUGGAGGUGCGCCUAAUCCGUGCGAAUGUUUUAGCGAGAAACAAGGUCAAUGAAGAGGACGAGAGACGAAGGCUGCAGAAGAUCAGCGCUAAGCAGCAAGACGAUGAGGACUUAGACUGGGAUUGAUAGACAUUAUGUGUCAGAUCAGCUGAGGCGUCAGCGAGGUUGAGUCGCUGUAUAACAUGUAGAGCUCAGGGAGCGAAUCCGCGCGCUGGAAGGAAGGCUGGACAUGCAAGUCGACGCUGCCGCACAGUAUCUUGAUAGUACGCAAGGUGCUGUCGCAUAGCAACCAUGUCAUCACGCGCUCGAGAUGCCCAGCAUCCAAACAAACAUCCCAUCAAGAAAAGACUGCGCCUAAAUGAUCUUGCGCAUGGUCAGAUAGCACAAAAGAAUCAAACAUGACGAACAAUUCUGGCCUGAAUAGCUAGGCGAAUCGCUAGGGAGGUCUCAAUCCGUUUGUCUUGAUUAAUUUGUUG